GUUGCUUUUCUAGCCAACAUGUGAACAAAGGCCUGCCCCUUUUCAGGAGGAUUUCUCUACCGCAAUCGUUACUUUACGUGUAAUCACGAUUACUAAAUCGGAUUACGCUACUUUUAUUAUAUUUCAAGACGUCGGUAACAACAGAGAUGAUUUCCGAGAUGGAGGUUGAUCACAAUGAAAGCAGCGUCGAGAUCAAAUCGGCCAUGCAUACUUGGCGUUAUCGCCACCAUUUCACGUACAAGGCAGAUCAAGGAAAAAAUAUCAUCGUGCAGUGUAAUCUAUGUCUGCCGAGGGUAAAUCUGCUAUCCACGUCGAAAACCUCCACAUCAAACCUAAAGAAGCAUUUAGACAGAACACACUUGGGCUGUGAAGCCAAGCCUGAUGUCAAGAGGGGGAGGAAGAAAGAAGAGUACAACGGUGAGGAGAGUAGGCACUGCCAACUCAAAAAACUAAAAGCAGAAAUAAUCUCCAAAUGCAUGACCCAAACAAAAAUCGAUGAGCUGAUAUUCAACUUCAUUGUGGAGGAUUGCCAGUCAUUUUACGUGCUGGAGCAACCUGGAUUCAGGAAGCUGGUUGCAGGCUUAACUGAAGGGCUGAGGUCCAUGGACAGAGUGACCUUGUUCACAAAGGUGGACCAGGGUUUCUCCAGGAUGCGGGAAGAGCUGAUGGAGAAACUCAGCAGCAUCCAGUAUGUGUGCACCACGGCUGACAUCUGGACAGCCAACAGCAGGAGCUUCUUCGGGAUGACCUGCCACUGGAUCGACAAACAUUCUCUGGAGAGGAAAUCUGCGGCUCUGGGGUUUGCACGGCUGCAGGGCAGAAUCACGCACGACACCAUCGCUGGACGCAUACAUGACAUCCACGUGGCGUACAAUAUUGAAAGUAAAGUUCAGACCACGGUCACUGAUAAUGGCAGCCCCUUCAUCAGCGUGUUCAGGGAGUUUGCAGUGGACAGCAAGGAAAGUGAUGAUGACAUCGGUUUCUAUGAGAACGUGAGCACCGUCCUGGAGGGUGAGCCAGAGCAGGACAUGCUCCUGUUUCUGCCCACUGUACAGCGCUGUGCCUCACACACCCUGGAGCUGAUAGUCACUGAGGACUUCUGGCAGGCUGUGUCCCAGGGGCCCAUGUGCCAGCUACAUUACAGCACAAUGGCCAAGGUGUAUGCCGUCUGGAACAAAUGCCACCAUCUCCAGGUCGGUAUGGAUUCAGCAGAGGAGAUUGGAAAGAUGGCGCUUGUUGUUCCGGCUGUCAUACGCUGGAAUGUGGAGUACUGUGCUGUGCAGAAGAUCGUCUCCCUCUCUGAGCGGGAGCUGACAGAGUUGUGCGCCCGCCUGGAGGUCCCACGCAUGCAGCCAGAGGAGAUGGCCUUCCUGAAAGAAUACGUGACGGUGUUCCACCCGCUCGCUUUUGCACUUGAACUUUUCCAAGCGGAGCAGAAAUGUUACCUGGGUCUAGUCAUCCCGACCGUACUCAGUCUGAAGAACAAGCUAAAUGAGCAGAAAGACUCUGCAACUUACUUAAGCGGGGUCAUCAACGCCAUCGUGGUGGCUAUUGAUUUGCGGUUCCAGGAGCUGUUCGCCAGCACAGAAGCUAAGAUUGCAACAGCGACGACGCCUCAGUUUCGUUUGCUGUGGAUGGCUGCCUCCGACAGAGAGGAGAUGUGCGCCGUGCUGGCUACAGAGGCAGCCCAGAUGGAUCCAGGCACCAUAACUGAGCCAAACACCAGCCGAAGCUCAUCAAACACCAUUGAAACUGAAGAUGACUUCUUCAGCUACGGGUCUGUGAAGCCUGCCAUUCAGAUCCAGCAACGGGGAGUGAUGGAGGAGAUCCGCAAGUAUGUGGAAGGAACGGGGAAGAGCCUAGAGUGCCUUCAGGACUUCCCCAGAAUGAAGCAGCUCUUCUUAAAAUACAACACAACUCUGCCAUCCACGGCCCCCAUCCAGCGUCUCUUCAGUCAGAAAGGCAACCUGGUCACCUCACAGAGAAACUUUCUGACCGACGAUUACUUCGAACGCAUUCAGCUCCUGAGAUACAACAGUAACGUGUGUACUUUGGUCACUGAGUGAAAACAUUGCCGGGGACUCUCUCGCUCAGCCUUUUAAUUGAUUCAAAAUCAAAACCAUUUUGUGCUCAAAGUCAUUACUGAUAAACCCUUAGUAAUAUCUCAUUUCAGACAAUUAAGCCCGGAUGUUUUUUUGUUUUUAAAUAUUACUCUUAUCUUUUUUUAAUAGUCAUAGUGUAUAUCUCCCUCUCUGAAGGGCCUCAUGAAAUAUAUUUGUUGACAAUCACGGACAAUGACAUUCAAGGACUGAUCUAAUGUGACAAAAGCAUCUUUCUAGCUGUGCUAUUGUUGUGAUUUGAAGUAGCCACAGGGUUAAACCCAAGUGAGUUCCUCUUUCAGUUAGGUUUGUUUUUUUCUACAGGUGCUCAAUGAGAAUGCAUCUCCUGUCUGUUUGUUUUAUAUCAUAUAUAAAAAGACAAGGAAAGAG